GGCCGGGUAAAGAGAAAACGAAUUUCGCAUGCUUUUGGUCAACUAUGUAAAAUACAAAACAAUGAUUUAUAAGGAAAAACGAAAUAUAUUCUUGUUUCAAUCAUCAAAAACCAUUAGUGUCCAUGCUAAGACUCCUAUAUAUAUAAACACGUAAAUGCACUUUUUGGAAAUCGCAUACGAAAAACAAAGUGAGAUAAUAAUCCCCACAUUUUGUCUAAACAAUCAAAUGGCUUACAUUAACAAGGUUUCAGCGGUGGCAGCCAUUUUAUUUUUUGCGGUUGCGAUUGCUCCGCUGCUAGCUGAGCCACAGACACCAACGUUUCCUAAGAUGGAUCCUGUAUGUGCCUCAGUGAUGCCUGACCUUCUCGAAAAGUGUUUCGCAACCGUUAGAGAAACGCCAACGGAUGAUUGCUGCAGCGAUCUCAAAACCGCGACCACAACGCAAGUCACUUGCCUUUGUGAUAAUUACAUAGCGAACCCGGCGAUUGUGAACAUCACGGGACCUUACUCCGCCGGAAUCACAACCAAAUGUGGCGUUUUUGACAAAUACUCUUGCAACAGUACUAGUAAUGGAGGAGGAGAAGGAAGCAGCGGCAACAGUAGCAGUAGCAGCAAUGGCAAAAACAACAGCACAAGUGAGGGCAAUGGGGGAAGAGCUAACACGGUUUCUGGAUCAAUGGCUGUUUUUGGUUUAAUUGCAAGUCUAAUCUGCGUUAUGUUUUAAUUUCAAUUUCAUUCGCUUUAUUUUGGACCGACUAGUUCCAUGUGAUACUUUCCUUCUUUUUUCUUUUGUUUGAAACUGAGAAUUCAAAAUAAUUACGUUUAUUUGAUUUCAUAUU